UCAGAUUCGUCCGCAUCGUUGCCUUCGACUUCCCGAGAUGGACCGAGCAAAAAGAAGGUUUACACCUGCUUCCUGGAGAGCUGCAGGAAAAGCUACAAGAAGAGUUCGCACCUGAAAGCUCACAUGCGUUCGCACACAGGUGAAAAGCCUUUCGUGUGCAAAUGGCCGAAUUGCAGAUGGCGAUUCACACGUUCCGACGAGCUGACGCGCCAUCUGAGGACGCACACCGGCGAUAGACCGUUCAAAUGCGAGGUUUGCGGAAGGAGCUUCGGAAGAUCGGAUCAUUUAGGGCUGCACCGGAAGCGACACGUGUAGGGAGGAAGCUUCCGGUUGCGCGCAACAAAGAGAAAUAAAAACCAAUUGUAGGCCAGUAUAUUAUAUGCAACAAGUUCAUUAGUCAAUUAUUGUUUUUAAUG